GAAGUCAAGGAUGCAGGCUAGACUACACUGUGUGGCUGUGGUCCUGAUGCUAUGGAUGGGGAGCUCCAGGUUUGGAGAAGGGACUGCCAAUCCUGGAAUUGUGGUCCAGAUCACUAGAAAAGGCCUGGAAUAUGCCCACCAGUAUGCAAUUGCCAUCCUGAAGAAGGAGCUGUCUACCAUCACAGUGCCCAAUCUCUCAGGACACUUCAGGAUUCGUUGGGUUGGAUCGGUCAGCUAUGAUUUUCACAGCUUGCAAAUUCAUCAGUUCGUGCUCCGGAACUCAGAUCUGAGUCUACUUCCAAAGCAAGGAAUCAGAGCAGCUCUAUCCAACAACUACAUGUCUAUGAGUGGGAACUGGAAGGUGAAAAAGGCAUUCAUCACCCUCCAGGGAACCUUUGAUCUCUCAAUGGAUGGCAUUUCCAUCUCCAUUUCUCUGAACUUGGGCAAGGACCAGUCUGGGCACCCUACUGUCUCUGUAACCCACUGCAGUAACUCCAUUGGCCAGGUCAGCGUUCACAUAUCUGGAUCCUUAAGCUGGAUCAUAAACCUCUUCCAUCAAAGAAUUGAAAAAAACAUCAAAAAAACCUUGGAACAAAAGAUCUGCGAGAUGGUCAGGAAGUCAGCAGCCUCGAAUCUGAUGCCCUAUCUCCAGAGUCUUCCAGUCACCACAACAAUUGACCAGAUUUCUGGUAUCGACUACAGAUUGGUAGAAAAUCCCCAAGUGUCCUCUGAAGACCUGAAUGUGUUCUUCAAGGGUGAAUUCUUCAGCCAAAGCCAGCGCUCCCCAGUCCCCUUUGAUGCCCCAGCCCUGAUGUUACCCCAACAGUAUGAUCACAUGGUUUACUUCGCAGUCUCUGAAUAUGUUUUUAACACAGCCAGCAGGGUGUACUACCAGGCUGGUCGCAUGAAUGUCACCGUCACAAAUGAGCACCUGAAGAGACUGACAACACUGGCUGCCAAGGACUCGGCAAAAAAAUGGCGAAAGCAGAAUGGGAAGCCAAACUGUAUGAACUCAGGAUCCACCCCUCUGACGGCAAUGCUGCUCUGCUAUUCCAGCAACUUCCUACUUCCCCUGCUUCAGGGACCCCUAAACCUUCCAAUGCAACUCAACACCAACAUGCUCCAGGCCCUGGUUCCUCAGCUGUCCAGGUUGCACCGUAAUAUGCAGGUCGAGCUUGAGGCAUCACCAGAAUCAGAACCACUCCUGAUGUUCACCCCUGGGAACGUGACCCUCACACCUGUCAUGAACAUUCAAGCCGUUGCCCUCCUGCCCAACUCCACUGAACGCAAGCCACUCUUCCAGUUCAGGGUGAAAACUAAUGUCUCCAUCAGCAUAAGCAUGAACUCCAGUAGGAUCGUUGGUUCAGUGACUGAAGCAAGCAAACUGGAACUGGAACUGAACCACUCCAGUGUCAGUUACAUCAAUAUGCCGUUGAUGAAUGCAAUCUUGAAUUACUAUGCACUCAACACUAUAUAUCCCUCCCUCAAUGCAAAGCUUGAAGAGGGUUUGCCACUCCCUCUUCCAAGAGACACCUUCCUCAAGAACAUGGAUCUCCAGGUUCACAAGAAUUUCUUGCUUUUAGGGGCUGAUAUCAAUUAGGCUGAAGACAAGACUACCUGUGACUGGAAGAGCAGACAAACAUUACAGCUGGACCUGCUCGUUUGACCCAGGCUUCAGCCAUUCUGCCUCCUCUCAUAGGAAAGGUCCCCAGAAGGACAUCUAUCUGAAGACACACUUGAUCAGGAGACAACUUCCCAACUUUUCUCUUCCAUUAUUAAAAGUCCUUCUCACA